AUGGCUCAUCCGGGGAGAAGAGGCUACGAUAACCGGGAGAUAGUGCUGAAGUACAUCCACUAUAAACUCUCGCAGAGGGGAUACGACUGGGCUGCCGGCGAGGACAGGGCACCCCUGCCUCCAGGUCUCUCUCCUCCGCCUGCUGCUGCUGCGGUUGCUGCUGCUGCUGGGACUUCCUCUGAUCACACUGGGCUGGUGUCUCCGCACCCCGAGCCCCCCGGCUCGGCUGCUGCUAGCCACGCACCCCCGGCCGAGGGGCUGCGCCCUGUUCCCCAGGUCGUCCACCUCACCCUGCGCCAGGCAGGGGAUGAGUUCUCCCGCCGCUACCAGAGGGACUUUGCCCAAAUGUCCGGCCAGCUGCAUCUGACGCCCUUCACGGCCAGGGGCCGCUUUGUGGCGGGGGGGGGGGGGGUCUUUCGCGGGGUUAACUGGGGCAGGAUCGUGGCCUUCUUCGAGUUCGGUGGCGUGAUGUGCGUGGAGAGCGUCAACCGGGAGAUGUCUCCUCUCGUGGACAGCAUCGCUGCCUGGAUGACUGAGUACCUGAACCGGCACCUGCACAACUGGAUCCAGGACAACGGAGGCUGG